UGUCAUGUCUAAUGGAUUUAUGUUUGAUAUUCACAAUCACAUCAAUACUUUUGCCAUCACUUUUGGCGCACACUAUUCAAGACAUAACGACCACUGUAUUGGGUGUGUCCGGUGGCAAAGUGGCGCUUCCAUGCAAUAUAACGCCGCCGACAACUGAUGACGCCGUGUCACUCAUACUAUGGUAUAAGGAUGAGUCAACCACACCGUUAUAUAGUUUGGACGCGAGGAAAGGCAAUUUAGAUCAGGCCAGACACGCAUCCGAAGAUAAUCUAAUAUCGCGGUCUUAUAUGAAUACAAUUCAAAGACCCGCACAUCUAAUCCUAGAAAUGCUGUCCAUUGAAGACGCGGGUGAAUACCGGUGUCGGGUUGACUUCAGGAAAGCACAGACCAGAAACUCUGUUAUUUAUUUAGAAAUUAUUGUGCCACCCGACAAACCAGUCAUAAUGGAUGCAAACAGUGAACCGCAGCCAUCAUUGAUCGGUCCGUACAAUGAGGGCGACCGACUGGUGUUGGUCUGUGAAGUAGAGGGCGGCAAACCUACGCCAUCCCUGACCUGGUGGAGGGAGUCGGUGCUGUUGGACGACAGUUUUGAAGUGAUGACCAAUGGAGGAACCGUUCGCAAUGAACUGGAAAUACAAUCACUUCAACGACACGACCUGAUGGCUGUCUUCACAUGUCAGGCCUCUAACAAUAACAUAUCGAUGCCUACAUAUUCUGCAGUCAGCGUUGAUUUAAAUUUUCGUCCAGUUUUGGUCCGCAUUGAAGGCGACCGCAAGCCGUUAUCGGCCGACAAAUCGGUAGAAGUUGUCUGCACUUCUGCCGGUUCGCGUCCGCCGGCAACCAUCAGUUGGUGGAAAGGGAGCAUCAAAAUGAAGAAAACCAGAGAUAAGAUAUCAGUCGACGGAAAUGUGACGACCAGUACGUUGACAUUUACACCGAGCAGUGAUGAUAGCGGCAAAUACCUGUCCUGUAGGGCUGAAAACAAUUUGAUUCAGUCCAGUGCUAUUGAAGACGGAUGGAAACUAGAGAUCUAUUAUGUUCCGCAAUUAUCAUUACGUUUGGGCAGUAAAUUAAGGCAUUCACAUAUCCAAGAGGGCAAUGAUGUAUAUUUUGAGUGUAAUAUUCGGGCGGCGCCCUGGGUUACGGAGAUUAGGUGGUGGUUUGAGGGCAAAGAAAUACAUACCAACACAUCGGCAGGAGUUAUAGUCAGCAAUCAGUCACUUGUUCUCCAACGAGUACAGCGCCUCCAGAGGGGUCGCUAUACGUGCAGUGCUGUUAACAAUGAGGGCGAGGGUGAAAGUAAUUCAGUUCAUCUGAGAGUACAGUACGCACCGGUAUGUAAACAAGGUCAAAAAAUACUUUACGGUGCGGCCAGACAUGAGUCGGUCAAGAUUUACUGCGAAGUGGACUCCGAUCCGCCAGAAGUCAGCUUUCGAUGGGGUUUUAACUCUAGCGGUGAGCACAUGGAGAUCAUGAACCAUAUGACUGAAGGGUCGACAAGUGUGGCUACAUAUAUGCCGCGGACUGAGUUUGACUACGGGGCCCUGUUUUGUUGGGCUCGCAAUUCGGUUGGUCCGCAAGUGGAGCCGUGCACUUUCACUAUUAUACCUGCCGGACCUCCCGAUGCUGUCAAGAAUUGUACAGUACUUAAUGUAACCGAGGACUCAAUCAAAGUAGACUGUGUCGAAGGCUACGACGGGGGUCUUCUGCAACAUUUCAUACUAGAAAUUCACGACACAAUUCAGCACAAACUGCGGGCCAAUAUCACCUCUGCCUGGCCUUCAUUUACAGCUAAACGUCUUCCAUCGGGCAGUAGUUUUCUUAUAGUUAUAUACGCGGCCAACGCUAAGGGGCGCUCAAAAGGGGUCGCAUUGACCGCAAACACGCUAUCAUUACCCGAAUCCAUGAACAGAAUGGGAAGGGGCAAUGUAUGGCAGUUAAGUUUUAGCCCAGUGCUGGCUCUACUGAUAACCAUAGUGUGUGCACUCGUCAUCAUUGCCUUUGUUAUCGUAAUUGUUAUGAAAUUUAGGUCCAGUUCUGCUCGACUUCGUAAUGAAAGAGCAAAAAAUCGUAAUAUAAAAGACAAGACAACAAUCGCUAUUAGAAAAUCGGUUGAAGACAUAUGCGAUGUAUGCACUUGUGGGGGGGACCAAGUGGGUGAUGAUAAGUGUCCAGAUAUUAUACCAGAUAUAAGUUUAGCCUCGAGUGAGGCCAUCACCAGAAACAGUGAGAUCGAUGACGACAUGAGCGAGAAGUGCAACAACUCGUUAACAACACCACUAACACAAGCCUACGGUAAUGGUAUGAAUGGCGGUCCCGAUGGCCUCCAUCACCACCAGAUUCAACACAAUCCGCACAACACGACAGCCCAUUGGAGGGCUUCUCCACCACCAUCUCCGCCAUCAAACCACAGAACGUUAAAGAACGUAUCAUAUGUUGAAAUGCCAUUACAAGUGCCUUCAAAUUGUCUGUCGAGUUCAUCAACACAUCCACUGCCAGCACUUAAUACUAAUUAUAUUAUAGCCAACUGUCCGCCACAACAUCCAGUGUUUAGUACAUUACAACACCCGCGGAGGGUUCGGGUGUUGCCUCCGCAAGCCAUCCGAAGCAAUGAUGAUAUCAAUACUCAUCAACACACCGAUGUCUAGCCUACCUGUUCUAUGUCUCAGCACUUAUUUAAUAUACAAUUAUCACCUCAUCAUUGUAUAUAAAUUUCUA